UACUCAAGAAAAUCGCCUGUCUCAAAAAACGAAAGUAGGGUACAUGUCGUCGCUGCCAAGGUAUCAGUCGGUGUGAGGUUGUCAUCCUUGUGUCAAGCAGCUCUUCUCACCGUUGUGUACAUAUGGUUAACUUUAUAAGGAAUUUAAAAUAAACGAUAUUCAUGAAUAUAAAAUUGUCAACCGCAUGGCACAGCGAAGAUUUUAGAAACAGGUAACAGUGGAUACAAUGGAUUUCCUAUGGGAGAAGAUUAAAUCCAUCAAUACCAAUCACUUCAUAUUUGUAUUGUUAUGCAGUGUCAUUGCUUAUCUUUUCCGAGCCAGUGAUUCUUACGAUCUGAAACCAGUAUGGAGAAAGAGGAGCGAACCUCAUCAUUAUAAAAACAAACUGUACCCAACACUUGAUGAUCGUCUUCCUUCGCCAAUAAUAACUGACCUCGAUGGUGAUGGAACCAAUGAAAUUUUGUUAAUCACUCAUGACUUCAAGUUGAAUGUUCUGGCUCUUCCUGAGCGAGCAGCUGAUGAUGAUGAUGACACCCUUCCCCAUGUUGUUGUGAAGCAGCGAGCUGUCCUACCAAUAAAUGUGUCCGAGAUCAGUCGACCAGUUGCCAUGGAAACAGGGUUCACUGUUCCUUACAGUUCUAUGAUGCAAAUACGAAAACAGAUUGUGGUAGUAGCGACAGAUGACUGGCAAGUCUUGUGCUACGAUCACAACCUGGAGCUACUUUGGCACAAGAGACUGAUGGACGUCAGUCAUGUGAAGGAGACGUAUACUGUGAAGGCAAUGGGGAUCCUGAUUACCCCCCACAACGUCAAGAAGAAGGACCAGGGCAUGGUCAUUGUCGGGGGAAGCUUCACACACCUGGUCCACACUCCCCCAGACACCACCACCACAAUAAAACAUAGUGUGAAUAAGACUGAGGAGAAGCAGGAAAACUCGACAGACGAUAACAGGCUGACCCACUUCAGCUCCUUCGCGGUCAGUGCUCUGGAUGGGACGAAUAGGUGGCACCACUUACCGGGCGACUUUGGAGAAAUAGCCACAAACAUCAAGGAUAUCCAUGGUGACCAUCAUUGGAAGUUGGCCUUAAAAAGACACAGACUCCAUGUUGGAGAGGCCCCCUGGACCAUGUACAAAAAGGAAUUCAGUGAGUUCACACCUCAUCUUUGGGUAAAUCUGGAUGAUACGAAGCUGACUCUAGGAAGAUUUAGGAAGACUGAAGAGGGAGGUGAAAAAUACUCGUCUUCCUCCUCCUCCUCCUCCUCCUCCUCAGGAAUGGCCCUGACCCCGGACCAUAUUAUUGGCUACGCCUACGGAGGACACAGACCUCACAGCAACCAUGAACAUGUGGAAAAUCCGAACGCUGUUGUCAUCCACACACACAAUGGUAUAGAGGUUCUGAACCUUUUGAACGGUCAACCAAUCACAGUGCUCCAUCUGCCAGGAGAUGGGGGGGUGUACGUUGACAUUGAUUCUGACGGAGAAAUAGAACAAGUUCUCUGGGGUCUGCAGGAUGACUACGGUCCCUGUUACAUCGAGAUCUGGCGGAUUAAUCCUGUGAAGGAGCGGAUAGAGCAGCUGCCAAUCUGUCGGAUUACCCGUUUAUUUUUCACGUCGUCUUGGGCCUAUGAUGAAGACAACUUAAAGAAACUCCCGCCAAUCAUUAUUAAGAGUGUUGCAAGGAAAACAGGACUGAUAAGAUAUUUCAUGGGUCAUCAUCUUCCCAAGUUUGCACACAAACAUGACAUCAUCACUUUCGGAGGGGUAGGACGAGUGUCGUCUUGGAAUAGAGAUGGAAACGCAAAUUGGCAGAUAGCUACUCCAGCUAAUUGGGCUAGAGCAGCCAUAGAUAGAAAGAAGAACAAAGAGGCUGAUCCAGCGGCUUACCAGAGAUUUGUGGAGGAGUUCUGGCCCAGUCGUGUGUUGAUGUCUAUACCUGUGUACGGUGAACAGAAUGUGGCUGCCCUGAGUGGUUUCUCCGAGUUUGUGUUGGUGGACCUGGUCAACGGGAACCUCCUGGCCGAACACUCCCUCCCCUGCUCCCCUUCAGCCCCCCUCACUGUGGGAGACUUCGACAACGAUGGAGUAAAUGAUGUCAUUGUCACCUGUAGUCUAGGGUACAUAGGAUUUUCCCUGCACCACAAGACGAACCACCUGUUUACAGCUCUAUAUGGCCUGACAGUCUUUAUUCUCAUUCUCCUUCUGAACUGGCUGUGUUCGCCCAAGUCUUUCUAUGGGGAGGAUGACGAUGAUUUAAGUUCUGAUGAAGAUGACUGAGCGAUUAGAACAACGAUGAAUGAGGCGAUGAGAAUGAGGAUGACUGAGGUGAUGAGGAUGAACUGAGGAUUGAUUUAGAUGAUAGAACGAGGUUAGGUUUAUUACUGGUAUUGUGAGAUGAUGAGGAGGACGAGUAUAAAGACGGUGCUGAGCGAUGAUUAAUGUAUGUUUUUGCAGUGAUGUCAUCAAAUCAGUGAUGGGUGGAUUCUUACAAAAUGUGUGUCCUCGCAAUAAAAACUGGCAAAUAUUGAACAGAAGGUGAACAAAAUGUACUCGUGACAAGGUGGAAGGGCAAGUCAGUUGUCGUGCCAAGUAAAAAGUCAUCGAAAGCUGUGUUAUCGUUACAUUCCUAGUUUUGAAAGUACAAACUUAAAGACCAGUGCUAGAAUUACUGAAAUUUUAUUGUUGUGACAAUGUUUAUAAUACAUGUAUUGUAUCUGUGAUCCAUUUUUUAUGGUUCAUACCGGUAUAUUGUUAAAUUUAUCUAGAGAGAAAAUUAUGGUGCAGUUCUUUCUUUUUUUUUAAUCAGGGAAAGUAUUUUUUUAAUGUAAAGAAUAUCUAGAUGUACUAGUAUUGCCAAUCUUGGCAUGUACUGGUAAAUACAAUAUGCUGUAAAAAAAAAAUUCCCAAUAAAAUUUUGUUAAAAUGUGUGAUAGUGGUAUGGAAUUUAGUUCAUCAUUUACUUAAUUUGAAAAUUUUUUUGCACUGUAAACUACAUACAAUACCAUAUUCAGUAUAAAGAUUUCCUUUUUAUAAAUACCAGUAUUAUAUAUAAUUGUAUGAAUUCACAAAUAAGGGUUAAAGUUGAAGUUUUCGUUGGUACAAAUAUACUAGAAAAUUAACCAAAACAAGGAUAAUUAAGGUUUUUCUUUACUAAAUGUAAAUAAAUGUACAUGAAAAAGUUUAAAGCUAGACACAACCACUUUGAAGAUGUAUUUUUGGGGGGAAUGGGGGGGGGGUUCAUAAUAUAUGUAUUUAAUAUUACAUAUACGACAUGUAAACGCAUAAAAACCUUACGAUUAAAAAUAACACAAGGCAAGGAUACGUGAUUAUAUUUCCAAUGAUAUACAUGUAUUUAUUUAAAAUAUCAAUUUCAUCAUAAUCAUAUUAAAUCUUGAAAAUGUAUAAAAAGAAUUAAACGUGUAACACAAAACAAUAUGAUAUGCAUUAUCAAAUUAACAAUUUUAAAAGCCUAUAAUUUUAUCCAGGAUAAUACAUGUAAUGCUGCACACACACAAAAGG